GAGGGAUGGCAAUCUCUUCAACCAUCAAGUCCUGCCUGCCCUCCAGCAUCUGCCAUCUUGGUCCUAUCACCAUGAACUACGGGAAGGUAAAAGCAAGGAGCCACUUAGCCUGUUGCACAGGUGACGACUGUCAAACAACCUCUGUCUCACUGCCACCAGAGGAUAACGUGCCCAAUGGAUACCAGUGUCCUGCCUGCUACAGCGUGGACUCUUUCCAGUGUGGUAAUGAAAUUGUAAACUGCUCUGGAUCCGAAACCCAGUGUGUUGACCUUGCUGGGUUAAUGACUUCUGGUGGACUGUCUCUGAAAGCUGCCAUGAAGGGUUGCACAACUGUUUCUGAAUGCAGUCUUGUUGGAGAUGGAAAAAACAGUCUGGGGGUGAUGGACAUAAAGUUGAAGCGGUUCCAAUGCACACCAGCUUUUCCUUUGGCCAGAAAGAGUUCUGGGUUUGCCCCUCCACACACCCUCUUCCUCCCUGUCCUGUCAGGAUUAAUCUUGGAGAAGGUACUUUUCUGA